AUGAAACGUGAAGAGAGACUUGUGGGAAAAGAACGUGCAAAAAGACAUGUGGAAAAAGAACGCGAAAAGAGACUUGUGGAAAAAGAACGUGAAAAGAGACAUGUGGAAAAAGAACGUGAAGAGAGACUUGUGGAAAAAGAACGUGAAAAAAGACAUGUGGAAAAAGAACGUGAAGAGAGACUUGUGGAAAAAGAAAGUGAAGAGAGACAUGUGAAAAAGGACGUGAAGAGAGACUUACAUGUGGAAAAAGAACGUGAAGAGAGACUUGUGGAAAAGGAACGUGAAGAGAUACUUGUGGAAAAAGAACGUGAAAAGAGACAUGUGGAAAAGAACGUGAAUGAAGACAUGUGGAAAAGAACAGAGACUAAUGGAAAGGAACGUGAAGAGAGACUAAUGGAAAAAGAACGUGAAAUAAGAUAUGUGAAAAAGGAACGUGAAGAAAGACAUGUGGAAAAGGAACGUGAAGAGAGACAUGUGGAAGACGAACGAGAAGGAAGACAUGUGGAAAAGAAACGUGAAGGAAGACAUGUGGAAAAGGAACGUGAAGAGAGACAUGUGGAAGACGAACGAGGAGGAAGAUAUGUGGAAAAGGAACGUGAAAAGAGACUUGUGGAAAAGGAACGUGAAGAGAGACUGGAAGACGAACGAGAAGAAAGACAUGUGGAAAAGGAACGUGAAGAGAGACAUGUGGAAAAGGAACGUGAAGGGAGACAGGCGGAAAACGAACGUGAAGGAAGACAUGUGGAAAAGGAACGUGAAGAGAGACAUGUGGAAAAGGAACGUGAAGGGAGACAGGCGGAAAACGAACGUGAGGGAAGACAUGUGGAAAAUGAAAGUGAAGGAAGACAUGUGGAAAAUGAACGUGAAGAGAGACACGUGGAAAAAGAACGUAAAGGAAGACAUGUGGGAAAAGAACGUGAAGUGAGACAGGCGGAAAACGAACGUGAAGAGAGACAGGCGGAAAAUGAACGUGAGGGAAGACAUGUGGAAAAUGAAAGUGAAGGAAGACAUGUGGAAAAUGAACGUGAAGAGAGACAGGCGGAAAAUGAACGUGAGGGAAGACAUGUGGAAAAUGAAAGUGAAGGAAGACAUGUGGAAAAUGAACGUGAAGAGAGACACAAGAACGCAAAGGAAGACAUGUGGAAAAGGAGCGUGAAAAAAAAACAUGUGGAAAAGGAACGUGAAGAGAGACAUGUGGAAAAGGAACGUGAAGAGAGACAGGCGGAAAACGAACGUAUAUGA